AUGGGUGAUCAGCUGGAAUCAGUUUUGCUGGAAAGCAAUGUGGACCCGGCCACGGUUUCAGUCAUCGUUGCCAGAGGGUGGACACAAGAAUCAUUUGCGAUUUGCGCUUCAUCCCCGGAAGACUUAGAAACCCACUUUGACGACAUUGCGGUGGGCAUGGACCUUAGCUUCCAACAGAAAGCAUGUCUCAAGGUGGCUUGGCAUAAAUGCCAACUUCCACUUCAGACCAAAGCGACACCCCAGACUAAUGAUCCUAUUUCGGAUCAACUGUCUCAGUUUGUAGAUGGAAGUUGGUCGGAAUCCUUCCCGGCCAAAAUUUCACACACGGUGAUGUUGGAAUUGAAGAGCAAAUUCAACAAGCACUAUCCCAGCGAGAUCCUCAGUUACGAGACUAUGCCAAGUACCAGAUUGAUUAGCCAGGCCUCCCGCAAUUUUCAAAAAGGAGAUCAUCGUUGGAUUCCAUGGAAGUUCAGGCUAUCCCAAUCAAAAGUUGAAGACUUGCAGACCAGUCGCUCGAGCAAGGUGCCGAGAUUGGAAGGACUUCAGCUACACAAUUUGCUCCUAGACGAGCCCCCAUCCAUUGAAGUGAGCAAUACAAGCAUGGGCAUCAAUGCGGUGAGAACCAUGUUUGAUAGGUUGAAUACAGCUCUUGCAAUGGUGGAAUCCGCCCAUUUAGCAAGCCUGAAAGCUUAUAGCAUCAAGUUCAUGGCCCUCCUCACUCACCGUCUUGACGCAGAAACAGGCUUGAGGUCACCUACUAUAUUAGAAGCUCAAAGUGCAGACAAACAGAUCUGGCACACCAUCAGCGAGCUCAUCAUCGAGAAAUCCUGGACCCUCGACCAGGCAUUGCAUGAGAUGACUCAUGUGCGAGGUGACUUGACGAAAGCUUCCUCGGGAUUCUUGGCUGCAUACAGGUUUGGGAAGAUGUCGAACAAGCUUGCAGAUGAGAUUUCUUCUGCAGAGCUGGACGCGCUCAUGAAGAAGGUGUUGAUGGAAGUCUGCGACGACAUUGUUGAGCAGAUGGCACAUGAGCAUGCGCGUGCGCUUCAGCCAGAGGGUGCAGAUGAAUUGCCGGUGCAAGUCAAAUCGAUGGCUAUUCAGUCAUGCACAGCCACCGAAAUGUUCUUUCGGUGCAGCUGUGACUAUCCGCAGGUGCAGGUAGGCGCUUCAAAGCGCGACGUACAGACCACUAGAUUGUGGUGGGGCCAAUGCAUAAAUUGCGACGAAGCGUACGAAUUUUGGGAUCUUUUUGGAUUAACCGGCGACAAGACUUCUGGUGUGAAUCCCCACGCCUCCAUGCUGAACACAUUGAUCAACCAGGGUCGGACUAAGCGCGCCACACGCACAUCCACCAACUACGGCGAAGGUGUUCGAGCAAAGCCAAUUUCUCUAAGUGUCUUGGGAAAUGGGCAUCCCAAGAGGGUGGUGGCUAUGGAACGUGGGCUCAUCGGAAAUCACACAGUGGCGUGCAAAGAGAGGUUCUUGCUGGUCACAGACCACUCUGUUGCACGCCAUGACAAAUUGCCUCCUCACAUUACGUCCAGCAGCGGAAGUCGGUACACUUGGCUUCCGCUCACUCCCUUGCAGGCCAAGGUGUUUCAGUGGCAAGACUUGCUGAACAACCCGGCAUACUUCAAGCAAGCCGGUAGCCUCCAGGUGACCGAGGAUGAUGAUGUGGAAGACAUUGACCAGCCGGGUCUUGAAACAGAGGGCCCGCCACAUGGUUUUCCGGUGGUUUUGCCAGAUGGGGUGCCAUCCCGUGUGCGCUAUGUGCGUCAACCAGGACAGGCUCUGGUCACAGAAUUUCGUAUCUCCAGCAGAUGGACUCUGGCAGAUCCUACUGAUCACAUCAAGGAAGGCGCGAAGCGUGUUUGUCAGCAUUUUCGCAGCCGUCCACAUUCCGUCUUGGAAAUGGAAUCUGAGGGGCGCAGGCUGCUCUUGGGCAAUCAAGUGGCGCAAUCUGUGAGGGCCCAGCAAGCUGCGACAGGUGAAGAUGAAGCGAUGCACGCAAAUGCCGCCGGACUCCAGGGGCAACUUGCUGCAGCCAUUUCCGUCCUCGACCUGGCUGGGGGCGGUGGACACUUCGAUGCCAACGGAGCCUUGAUUAUCAAAGCCGAGCAUGUGCAGGUUGCCUGCCGGCUGGUUGAGAUUGCCUUGCAGAUUCGACAUAUUUUUCGCCUCCCCCUCGAUGAUGACCUCUCCGAUCAAGAGAAUGUGGAGCGCCCUGAGAUACCUGUGCACGGAAACUAUGAGCGCAAGUUUGGUGAGGUGCUGGCAACCCAAGGAUUGCCUGCGCUGCCACCCGAGGAAGAAGAGGCAGUUGCCGAGGCAGAGGCAGAGGAAGAAGAGUUGCUCCCUCCCGAGGCGCACGCGCGGGAACAUAGUCAAAACUCAGUGCUAUCCAAGUGUCAUGGCUCUUGUGACAAAAAACAACUGUUGUGA